UAUGACUCAUUUGGGAUAAUUCAGGAGGUGAGGGGAAGGGUCCUCAUGUACGAUAUUUCCAGGGUAAAUGGUGGCUCCAGUUUGUCGAGUGUCAUUGCGAGUGGCAGUAAACCUACUAAAGCGUGGGACAAACCCUAUUUUGACGACAUCACUCAGAAAAACGUCACUGCUAUUGUCGGACAAAAAGGUGUGCUCAGUUGUCACGUCAAGCAUCCUGGCAACCGAACGAUAUCCUGGAUGAGAAUGCGAGACAUGCACAUACUGACGUCAUCGACAAUAACGUACACAGGCGAUGCAAGAUUCUCAGUGAAGCAUCCAGAGGGUAGCGACGAGUGGCGAUUAACGAUAAAUUACGUUCAACCAAGGGAUGACGGAUUGUACGAGUGCCAGGUGAAUACCGAGCCGAAAAUGAAAUUGGCGUUUGCACUACGAGUGGAAGCGGCACAAGCGAAAAUCCUGGGUCCUGAGGACGUUUACGUUAAGAAGGGUAGUACCAUAAGCCUCACGUGCACAGUUAAUGUGCAGAGCACACCACCAAGCAGUGUUGCCUGGCAUCAUGGCGCAUCUGUUGUGGAUUUUGAUAGUCCAAGGGGUGGGGUAUCCCUGGAAACGGAGAAGACAGAAGCUGGAACAACGAGUAAGCUACUAGUGACGCAGGCAAGAUCGACCGACAGCGGAAAUUACACCUGCAUUCCAAGUAAUGCCAACUCUGCGAGUGUAACGGUCCACGUACUGAAUGGAGAGCAUCCAGCAGCAAUGCAGCAUGGUGGCAGCUGCGGGGUAGCCCCAACAAUUUUGCUGGCAAGCCUGACUCUCCUGAUAGCUAAUUUGCUGAGAUGAGCGAAUACUGGCGACAUGUAGAGGCCUAAUAAAUUCCAAAGACAACACUCAACGAUGAGUCGAAAUAAUGCAGAUAUUAAUGAAGUGGAUGAUCGAGGCAAUUUCAAGAGGAAAUGCGUACGUUCCUUAAUCAAAGUGUGAGUGUUGAUUUUUUGAUGCCUGUGUGCGUGCUCAUUCUAUAUAUUUUCCAAGAACAAUGUUUAUAUGAUCCAAGGAACAUGACGAUAAUUAAGUGACUGGGCUAUAAAUUAAUAUUCAACUAAUCAAUUGAUACGAGGGUGAAUGAUAGUUAACAAGUGAUACGGGACGUAAGUUUAAACUCUGUAAAUCAGUAAAUUAUCAGUAGACUUAAUGAUGAUUAAUUCAACCAUUUCCGGUUAUUACUGUACAGUACAUUGUAUUUAAAUGGAGAUAAAUAAGCAAUUGAGGUGAGUCCAUUAACCGUCAUCAUAGUGAAAUGAAUCGAAUCUCAGAAUUUCACGUUGUACGUGCAAUCAUUGGGAAAAUUGAAAUAAUAAUUACGAAAAAAUGGAGAGGCAAAUUCUGUAAACUCAAGUUCACAAGCUUUUUCAGUUUAAUGUGAAAGAGGAUCGGAUAAGGAGGGCUGGAAACUAAAACAAUACAUUUAAACCAGCAUAACGAGGAGAAAAAGCACAAGGGAAUAAAAGUAUAGCUGUGAGAUAAUAAAAAGUUAUCUACGGGGCGUGGAGGUUAUCCACAUCUUCAUUACCACCCCCUUUCUUCUGUCAUUUUUCUUUUCUUUAUAUAUUUUCUUCCAGUACCAUUUUAUUUGCGUCAGUGUAGUACCGAGAAUCCUUUAUCUAUUUAAAAAUUCGAGGGGUGAAUUGACAUUUAAAUCGCUGCUCUGCUCUAUGACAUUUUCAAAAGCGACAGAUCAAAAGUAUUUUACGAUAUUUUCAAUAAUUAUUCUCACGUGACAACAUCUAAAUUAUCGAGAGGUGUUAACGGGAUUAGGAAAUACGUAUAUUAAAACUAAAUAUAUGAAUAUAAAUAAAUUAAAUGAAUAUUUAUUCGUUGUGUAUUGAGGUGAUGUUACGAAUUAUGCCAAACGAAAAAUUGAUCCAUCAGAUUUUACGAUCGGUUGAGGAAUCGUUAAUUAUCUCUGGAAAAUGAAAAAAAAAUUCUUUGCAAUUAUUUUAAUUGUCGAAUUGACAGAAACAUAGGGAAAUUCAGUGAGAAAAGUAUGAAUUCAUUAAAAUUCUAAUUGAAUACUAUAGUUGCAUACGGUAAUGCUACUUUGAUAGCUCAUAAAUCACCAUUAAAUUAGAGAAAUUUAAAUAAACUAGGCGAAAUGCAGGAGGAUAAUCGAAUAUCGUACCAGUUAAUUGAAUACUCGAGAGAAAAUAAUGACACAACUACAAGAUUAAUUUUAGGAUGUAUAGAUUUUUUAUAAAAAAAAAUAAGAGAGAGGAUCAUUAACGAUGAAAAAUAAUGAGAAUAUGCACCUCGACGAGCUGACAUUUAAGACUGUUGAAUUCUCGACGUUUUGAAAGAAAAUGAAAACGCUUUGUUUCAGAUUAAAAAAUAUAUAUUUAACGGGAGUGAGAGAUUGUAACAAAAAAAAAAACAAAGAGCGGCGAUUCUAACACUAUGAUAAAGAAAAAUAAUAAUUUAUAGUAUUAUUUCAUUCCAUAUAGUUUAUACGACGAAUGUAAAUGGAAAUAUGUAAAGUUUAAUCCCACGGAGACAGUGAAUCGUUCAGAGUAACAAAAUAAAAUUCGAGUGAAUCAGCAUCGAGGGAGAAAAUGAAAUGAUUGAAUUUUCUUCGCAUGAAAUAUUGGUUUUCGAAUCCUUUCAAGUAUUCCAUCGUUGCCAAUAAACGAGAAAUCAUAAAGCCCUUGAAUUUUCAGUCCCAAUAGACGGGAAUUCAUACAGUUCCAUUACCUUUUAUUACACUCGCGAGACCACACGACAAUGAUAUUCGAUUUAACUCUUUUUAAUUUCAAUUUGUUGCAAUUAUUCAACUCUGAUGUACCAUUCCUCAAUUCAGUCAAGAUCCAACAAUAGAUUUUAGUGUUUCGUAAUUGAGUAACAGGACAUAUCUCACGUUUUAUUCUUUCAUCUCGUUCGGGAUAUCUCCCUCGUGCUGACGUUUCUCGAUCAAUCAAUUUUCGAGGAACACUAAUGGGACGUCUCAGGACACUCGCUGAAGGGAAAUAACGUGACAGAUAUAGACGAAACGAGAGAAUAAACGAGGAGAUUGAGAGAUGGGGACGAGACAGAUGUGGAGUCUUGAGGUACGAGCUGAAUGGUGUCACGGGAAAUUCUCACCCGUGUUGAGUUUUAUAGAGAGAAAGAGAAAAUAAAUAUAACUAGGAGCUGCAUUGUACAUAAACGUUCAUACCGAUAAACCAAAAAAAAAUGUGUAUCAUGUUGUAGGAAAAAUAAAAAUCGGCAGAAAACGUGAAAAAAAAGUAAAUAAAAAGUGAUGAGAGAUGAAUUGAUCAGGAGUGACUGAUAACGAUGCGAGGACGAUAACAGAUAAUGUGAAAAAAUAAUAUCUCUUGACGUGACCCUACUGUUUAAAUAAAUGUAAUG